CAGUCAUUUUAAAUUCAAACUCUUGUGUCAUUUUAGAUUUCUUAAAAGCAAAAAAAAUUAAUUUUCCUGAAAAACUCGAGAAAACCCAAGAAAGGUACAGUUUAUGUUUCAUUGAUAUGCAGUUAGGUAAACUUGGAAAGAUUGGAGUUGGUUGGACUGUAUUAGUUGUUGUCGGCAUAACUGGAUUCACCUACUCCAAAACUUCAGUUGAUAAAAGGCGUUAUGAUAAUAUGAAAGUACGUGAACGUAUGAAGAAAUCAAACGAAGGAUUAUAUGAAGCAACAGAACGAUUUGUAGGAGGAGAAGCAAACAAAAUAUAUAAAAAGAAGACAGUAAAUAAUAUCAAAAUGGAUACAUCUCAAUUAAGCCCAGGCGAACAAGUAAAGCUGCAGAUGAUGCAAGACCUCGAAAUCGAGAUGAUGAGUGAUCUAUAUAAUCGCAUGACAAAUGCCUGUCACAAAAAGUGUAUUCCACCAAAAUAUUCCGAUUCUGAACUGGGUAAAGGAGAGAUGGUGUGCAUUGAUCGAUGUGUAGCUAAAUAUCUUGAUGUGCAUGAGAGGAUCGGUAAGAAAUUGACAGCAAUGUCUUCAGCUGAUGAGGAGAUGAAGAGGAAAAUGUCUGGUGGUUAA